AUGUUUACCUCUCACGUUGAUCUUGAGUGUGCCUACAAUAUUCUUUCUCUUCAAAAAAACAGUCUUUCAAGUAACCAAAGCAGUUUUUUGGACGGUAAUGAUUUUCUUCAAGAAAGCAAUUUUCUUUCCCUUAAUAAUGAUUUUCAAGAAAGCAGUUUUUUUGCCCUUGAUGAUGAUGUUCAAGAAUGCAAAAAUAGCAACAGCAACGAUCAAGACAGCAACAAUCAAGACAGCAACAAUCAAGACAGCAACAAUCAAGACAGCAACAAUCAAGACAUCAACGAUCAAGAUAGUGAUGACCAAGAUAGCCAUCCAAAUAAUGAUCAAGAAAGCAUCGAUGUGCAAAGCAAUCUUUCAAAUGAUAAUUCUCUUAUAAUUGAAGAUUUUAACAUGAAGCAAAUACCAAAAUCCAAGGAUCCAAUUCUAAAUGACGAAAAAUUUGCCAUUCCCUUUGGAACUACUUCAAACAGUUGUCAGAUAAAAAGUAUGUUUACUGCAAUCUCUGCAGGAAUUGUUAUGGCAAGAAAAUUAGUAUCAGCAUCAUCAAGUGGCAUUUUAAAAAUUAUCACAAAGGAGAAUACAAACAAUACCAAUCAACAUUAA